AAGAUAUUGAAAAACAGCAUGAUAUUGUCAAGAAAUCUGCUGAAGCACAGAACAAACAGCUGGACCCCUUAAUUUCCCAGAAGUUCAUAAUAGAGCAAACUAAGUGCAUUGAGUUGUUGCCUGUAAAACAAGUGAAGCGUGAAUUUGACGAAUUGGUGGAUAAGUUUUUCCCUGUCAUUAAGUGCAUGGACAAUGAAUGCUGCAAGGGCAUGGAUAGUAUUCUUCUUAGUCUCGUGAGGGAUAUCCAAGAUACUUGUCUUUCUAUGAUAAGAAUUCAGAAAAAGUUUUGGCUAAAAUAUCAGAAGAGUCCUACGCUAACACGGAAAAGGAAACAGAAGCUUAAACAGCACAGUUUGACUGGAUUAAAGAGACCUCUGGAAUCCUUAGUGGAGUUGGCUUGUUCAUUCAAUGAUAGAUGGGAGUAUUAUGCCCCCUGUUUCACUCCUUUCUAUGAAUUCGGGGGGCAAAGAUUUGAUGAAGAGCGGUGGUGGAUUUAGGAGGCCUGGCUUUGGACGUGGUGCCGGAGGCUUUGGUGGUGGUGCA